UUGAAUGCUGAGUGAAUCAUCUCAACAUAGCAGACAAAUAGGUUUUUCUGCUUUUUUCUCACGGUUUUAGGAACAAAAGAGCUAAUUUCUGAAAGAUAUACAAACAAAUAAAGAUGAGUAGAAAUGUAAAAUCAAGCAAAAUAUUUUUGACUGAUUCCAGAAUAUCUGAAGAUGGGAGUCUUCUCAUUUGCGGACAAUAUUCGAAGGAUGAAGAUGAAAUCAAUAACCUAAUGGGAAGCAUAAAAUCUGAAACUGCCUCAUUCAAGCCCAUCACCAAUGCAGAGCUUGGAAACCCAUGUUUAGCUUUGUUUGCUGAGGAUGGACAAUUGUAUCGAGGAAAAAUAAUUUCUAAGGCGAGCGACGCAUAUUUGGUGGAAUUCAUUGAUUACGGAAACAUUCAAAGAACAAAGAUCGAAGACCUACGGCAACUACCUGAACACUUUCAAAAAAUAGAUCGGAAGUCUUGUGUAUUCAAGCUUUGUAUCGCUGGAACACCCGUUAAAUCUGCUGCAUUGUGGACACCGAAUAUUCCAUCUGUCAUUCAGGAAGAAUAUCUUUAUUCAGAAAUUGAAAUUGAAGAAAGUGUCGACAUCGACGGUUCUAUAUUAUGCCAGUCUAUUGAUGCAUUUCUGAGAAAUAAAAAGCUUAUUGAUGACGAACUGCAGUAUCCAUUUAAUUUAUCCCCUGUCGGAAGUAAAUUUGAUGCCUAUGUAGUUCACUCCUCUGCAAAAGGACACAUACAAAUUCAGCUAAAAGCAACUGAAAAAGAUUUGAAUGCAUUGAUGGACGAUAUUGCCAUGUUUUAUACAUCUGCAACACUCACUGACAUGGUACUACAGCCAGAAUCAAUUUCUAUUGGGUCUUUAGUUUGUGCUGUAUAUAGUGGUGAUGGAGGGUUCUAUAGGGGUCAGGUUAGAAAGAUUGAUCGAGACAAAUGCUUUAUUUAUUUUAUAGACUAUGGUGGCGUAGAAGAAAAAUCCAUCAAUAAUUUGUUUAAAUUACCUGACAACCUAUGCAGUUUACCUUAUCAGGCAAUAGACUGCAGAUUAGAUGGAAUUGUCUUCUCAACAUCUAUUGCAAUGGAUAAAAUCUGUGAAACGAUCACCACUUUUGCUGAGGAUAAGAUCUUUUCUGUGACAGUGAAACAAUGUUUGACUGCUCACACCUUGCUCGUGGACAUGCAUGACCAUGCCACUGGAAAAGACUUUGCGGAACAUUUGAUAGAAAAUGGUCUCUCAUCAUCAAAAAUUGUAAAUCAAAAUGUACCUAAUCAUAAAACUUAUCAUGUUGGGGAAAAAGCCAAUAUGCUUAUGACUUGGUUGGAACCAGAUGGUACAUUUUUCUGCUAUAAUGUUUUAAGUGAUGAUCUUCUGAGUGAGCAGCUGAAUUCUCUGUACAAAGAAUGUUCGAGUGGAACAGUUCCAGUCUUGAAAUGCCCUUCUAUUGGAAAUUUGUGCUGUGCGCCAUACUCAGAAGAUGGAAAUUGGUACAGAGCAUGCAUACUGAAGUUGUCUGAUAACAUUGCAACUGUACGCUUCAUAGACUAUGGCAACACACAAACUUGUGACGUUACUUCUAUUUUGGAACUUAGCGAUCAAUUCCGUAAAAUGCCAAUACAAGGGAUUCAUUGUUUGUUGUCAUCAAAUCUCGACGAUAAUGAUUUGAUUCAUGCACUGUCUGUACUCAGAGAUCAGGAAGUUGUUGUUGAGUUUGUCAAUGUAGAUAUCGAGCCUUAUGCAGUCUGCCUUUAUCACAACGGUAGCAUUGUUGGCCUAAGAACUACAUCUCCAGAUCUUGAAAGAUCCACGCAAUUAUAUCCAAUGACAAUAUUGCCUAAGGAUGCAAACAUUUACAAACAUCAUACUCUAACAAUAGGUGCAAAAAAGGAUAUCAUUCUCAGAGAGACAAACAAUCUCAAAUCGCUUUGGUGUGUUUUAACAGAAAGUCAUGCAGAUUUACAAAAUUUAACAAAUGAAAUAAACGAAAUGUACAAUAGUGUGAUAGAAGGAACGUACGACUUGAACCCUGCACAAUCAGAUUAUGGUGGUCCGUGUGUAACUCAAGAUCCAAAGGAUGGUAUGUGGUAUCGGUCUAAACUACUAUCUAUCACUGGUCCAAACGAAUGCAAAGUACUUUAUGUUGAUUGUGGAAGAACAGAAAUUGUUUUGAAAAACAGUGUCAAAAUCAUUAGUGAGGGUCUACUGAAAUUGCCUGUUUUUGCACUCAGAUUUACACUCACUUCUAUACUAUCAAUGAGUGGAGUCCCAUUACCUGUAGAUCAAUGGCGGAUGUUAUUGCAGCAAGGUAAAAAUAAAUCUUUUGCUGGUGUUUUCACUGAUUAUGAUGUUGAAAAAGAUUUGUUCUUCGUUGCUCUUCAUGAUAUAGCUGGCCAUUUCAAAGCAAAAGCAACUGGUUCAGAUGUCAAAGUUCAACUCCUGAAUGUGCCCCUCAAUGUCGAAGUUCCCAUUCGAAUAACUUCUGUGGAAAACCCUGGGUGCAUAUGGGUUCAGCUUUUGGAUUACCAGGCUAAUUUGAUUGUUCUAACUGGAAGGCUUAAUGCUUAUUACAAUGAGCUUCCUAAUCACGCUCUAAUUCUUGAGAAUAUAUAUCCAGGACAGAUAUGUUGCAUGAAAUCGUCCAAGACAAAGAAUUGGUGCAGAGGGGAAAUAGCAUUCAUGUAUGAUGAUGUGAUAGAAGUGAAGUUUUUUGAUUUUGGAUAUGUGGAAUCUGCUCAUUUAUCGGAUGCAAAGACCUUAAUGCCUGACUUUUUAUCUCUACCUUGUCAAGCAGUUUGUUGUUGCAUCCAUAAUCUUAGACCAAACAGUCGAAAGUGGUGUAAUGGAAGUGUGAGAUACCUAAAAGAGUUUGUGGCAAAAACAGGGGUCAGUGCAAAAUUUGUAGACCUGAAAAUGAAUGUGUAUGCAGCUUCAAUUCUUGUUUCAACCAAAGAUGAGAAUAUUCUUCUGGGCAGCAGAUUAGUAUCUAAAGGACUGGCGUCAUGGGCCGAUUCAAAUGCGGAAUUGGAAGGUGAGACACCAUUGAGAAUUCCAUCACCCCAAGUCCUACCUCAAUCUGCACAUGUAUUCUUCGGCCAUCCAGGCAUUUCUCUCAUUGGCGCUCAGUUCCCCGUCAUUGUAUGUGAACCAGCAGUGCCAAAUGAUUUCUUUGUUUUACCAGCUAAUUCAGAAGUCAAAGUAACAUAUGCUAAACUCAGAAGAGAAUUGAGACCUUAUGCUCAAUUAGACUCAUCUAUUCAAACCAACAUGUACGUGGGAAUGCCUUGUGUAUGCGUUUUGAGAUCUGAUUGCUUCAGGGCUGCUGUGGUGUCAAAUGAUGAUCCACAAAAUCCAGUCGUAUUUUUGGUUGACUAUGGUGAGAAAAAACAAGUUCCGAUUGAUUGCCUCAAGUCCAUAUCACCUAUACACAUAACAUGUAUACCACCUGUUGCAAUACGUUGCACAUUACAUGGAAUAUUAGAACCUGAAAAUGAGUUUUGGUCGAGUAAAGCUCUUUUGCUAUUUUCCAAGUUUUGCAAGGAAAACAAGAGAGAUCUUGUUUGUACUAUAUAUGGUUGUGUAACGGACGGCGUUUCUCAGUUUUUCAUGGUUAAAUUCCAAACACCUUUUCAAGAUAUUGCGUCCGAUCUUGUAAAAUCUGCAAACUGUACAAUGUUAGAUCCAAUAGGAAACAUGUCUCCUCCCUUUGCAUUGAAGUCAUUUGUUUAUUCAAGUCUCGGAGCAGGAAUAGGAAAAGAAGAUCAAUUCUAUGUCACGCAUGUUGAAAGAUCUGACCUAUUUUAUUGCCAACUCUCGAGUAAAUUUGAGGAAAUAGAUGGCUUUAUGGAUAGAGUUCAAAAUUACUGUUCAAAGUAUAAACAGAAAAAGAUUGUUACUGUCAAGGAUUUGGAGUUUUCUCCUCUUUGUUUGGUUCUUUACGAAGAUGGCAAAUGGUACAGAGCUCAUUAUAAUUCAAAUUCAAUACAUUCGCCCAAAGACACUGUAGCUGAGGUUAUAUUUGUUGACUAUGGUAACAUAUUUGUGACUCCUUUGUCAAAUAUUAUCUUAUGUGAGAAAGAUUCUGGUCUCUCUGAUGUAUCGAUAUUUGCCUUAGCAUGCUGCUUAUCUGAGAUAAUCACUUCAAACUCUGAUUUGGCAAUAUCUAAUGAUAUAUUCAUCAGAAUGAAGGAAAAAUUGGAAAGGAGGCAGCUUUCCGGGAUUGUUACCGGAAGUACAAAUGGUAGAUUACAUCUGGACUUUUUUGUGAAUCAACAGAGACUCAAUGAAAUGAUUAUAACUGGGAAUGUGAGUCCGAUCACUUUACCAGCAAAAGAUGAGAAAUUCAGAAGAGAACCAUCUCUGAAAGGAAAAUUCAAAGAUAUACCUGCAAUCGAACCUAAAACUGUUCAUUCGGUAUAUAUAUCACAGGUGAAAAAUCCCAACUAUUUCCAUGUUCGACUUGCUGAAUAUGAGGAGCAGUUUAAAGAAUGUAUGUCGGAAGUUGAUGGCUUUUAUACUGCAGUGCGAAGACAAGAUUAUUCUGUGCAGCAUAUUCAAAAUGGAAAUGUAAUUUGUGCAAAACAUCCUUUGACUUUGCGAUGGUGUAGGGGUAUUGUUAUUGACUGUGUUUCAAAGGAACCUGAUGAAGCUCUUGUGGAGUUUGUUGACAUCGGAGAGCAGGAAUUUGUAUCGAUAGAAGACAACAUCAAGAGACUUGUCCCUGGUAUGCUGCAUUGGCCCAGAUUGACUAUAAAAUGUCAACUUGCCAAUGUGCUACCAGUAGGAAAGUCCUGGGACCCUGAAAGUACAGAGUUCUUUUUGCGUACAGUUCAAUAUGUUAAUUGCCGAAUUCGCUUCAAUACUUAUGAUGUUACUGAUCGAACCUGGGCUAUUGAUAUAAAGAUUGAAGGCCAGAAUGUGGCCCAUAUGCUUGUUGAGAACAAUUUCGCCAAAUGUGUUAAAGUCCCAUCAAGCCAAGCAAGUGGAUGUUCAGAAUAUGUCAAAACGAAGAAAAUUAAUUCAUGGCCACAGGGUACUGCUCGCAAAGUUUAUAUAAGUCAUGUAGAAUCAAUAAAUCAAGUAUAUCUUCAGCCUGUUGAAUCUGAAGCUGCUCUGAAUACCUUGAUGAAUAAACUGAAUGAUUCAUCUCUGGUGAUGAAAAAUGUGGCAAACAGGCAACUGCGCCUUGAUAUUAGCUAUGCAGCAAAAUUCAAUGAGGAUAAACAAUACUAUCGUGCAAAUCUUUUAUCCCUUCCUGAUCUUAAAAAACCUGAUUCAAUUCAUGUGAUUUACACUGAUUAUGGAAAUGAAGGAUUUGUGAAAAUAGAGGACCUUUGUCAUUUACCAAAAGAGUUUACAAUUCUUCCAGAGCAAGCAAUUAAAUGCAAUGUCAAACAUCCAAUUGGCAUCGACAAGGAGGUGCUGACAGCAAAACUUGAAAGUUUGGCUGGCGAUGAAAAUUCUUCCAUUUCUGCUGAGUGUGUCAAGAUAGAAUCAUUGACUUUUCUUGUUGAUCUCACUAUAGUUGAUACAAAUCAAAAGAGGACUAAGUUUUUGGAAUUUUUUGCUAGAACUGAACCAUCUGCUGAAGCAUCACUGCAGUAUACGAAAAUUGAUGUAAAAACCAACAUACAGACAAAGGUUUAUGUUGCUCAGAUAGAUGACCCACAGCGGAUAUGGAUUCAACUCUCAUCUAAUGCUCCGGAUUUAGAUAAAAUUAUGAGUGAAAUUGACGUUUUCUGUAAUACUAAUUCAACCAAACUAACAGAAUUUCAAACUAGUACUCCAUGCUUAGCUAAGUACUCUGCUGACGAUGGCUGGUACCGAGGAAUGAUUCAAGAUUACAAUAAAACUCUGGGAUCUGCAACUAUACAUUUUGUUGAUUAUGGCAACACAGAAGCAGUAAGAUUAGACAACUUGAAGCCUAUGAAUAUACAAUUCAUAAAGCUUCCUGUGCAAGCAAUCCUUUGUAAACUUCGCAACAUGAUUGGACUCGAACAUUGGACAACAAAUGACACUGAUGAUUUUGUUGAUCGUGUCAGUGAUGUUCAGCUAACGGCAUUAUUUCAUCUUGCAACUGGAAAAACCGGUGGAAAAUUUGUGUCAAAUGUUUACGAUGUGGACCUGAUAUAUCCAUGUGGAAAAUCACUAAAUACAGAAUGGAAUGAAACUUUGAAAGAUCGUACUAUUAAUCUUACAACUGAUGCUUCAAGGAUGUCGGAAGGUGCGGGUGAUAGCUUAAUUAAUACAAAGAACACGAUUAGUUUACAUGAUUCGGAAAACCAUAUUGUCACUGAUAGGGGUGAUCAUGUCAUUGUGGAAAAUCUUGUUCCUCAAACUGCAAGCAUCGACUUUGAUACAUCAACUUAUCUUAAAACACCAAAUAUAGUCUCUGACUUAGAGUCUUUGUUUAUGGAAUCCGGAGCUAUUGAAAAUGGAUUUAUCAGUCAUUGUAAUGAUCCUGGCCAUUUUUAUGUACAAUUAGCCAAACACGUUUCAGAUCUUGAUCAAAUUUAUAUGAAUACCGCGCAGAAUACUUCACAAGAAUCUGUAGAAGUUGGAAUUGGAAGAUAUUGUAUUGCUAAAAGUCCUGAUGAUGAUGAGUGGUAUCGUGCUAAAUGUGUGGAUAUCCGUGAUGAAAAGUUUAUUGUCCAAUUCAUUGAUUAUGGAAAUACUGCUACUAUUGAUUCAAAUAACCUAAAACCAAUGUCUGACGUAUUAAAAUGUUUUCCUAUACAAGCAAUAGAAUGCAAAUUGCAUGGUGUAAUACCAGUACAAACUGGAUGGGACUCUGUAACAGAUUCCUUUUUGGAUUUAACUUUGGACAAGGACUUAAAGAUUGAGUUCAUCAAGCAAACUCAAACUGGAAUAUGGUUUGUGAAAUUGAAUUUUGAAGGACUUGAUAUCGGUGAAAAACUUUUGAAGGAAAACGAUGGCAAAUUGGUUUCAAGCUGUAGAGCAGAGACUAGUUUGGAAGGUAAUUCUCAAACUUACCAGCUUCAAGUUGGAUGUAUUUUGUGUGCUAAGGUGGUUGACAUUGACAUCUCUGGAAAUUUCACAGGAUUUCUGCUGAAUAUUUCUACCCAUAAACUGGUUACGGAAUUGAAAAAUUUUGUGAAAACAAUUAAAGAUGAUGGUGGAUAUGUAUCUAUUCGAUUUGAAGAUCUUCACCCAGGGACAGUAUGCAUGUACAAAACGUUUGCAGGUUGUGACUGGCAAUGUGUUAGAAUCAUCAGGGUAGGAUGUGAUGGUAAAGCUAAGGCUUUCGAUAUAUCAAACAAGAGAAAUGUUGAAUUAGACAGUGGUGAAAACAUGUUUAUUGAUGUAACACCAGAAAUAAGAAAAGACAUUGAUAAACUGUUUGUAAAUUGUGUAACUAAAUCUUCUAUGGCUGUUAAGUUACAUCUGGAAAAUGAUUUGGGAAAAAUUGUUGCAAUUCAUCUUUUAUCUCUGGAUGAAGCUUCAUGUCGAUGGAUUGUUAAAACUUCAUUUCUUAAGGACAAUGUAGAAGAAUCUACAGAUGAGAACACUCUUCAGGUUGAUCCAAUUUUACAAAACGGAACACCGAGUAUUCUUAUAACAAAUACUGAACGAAAGUCAUCUGCUGAAACAAGAAGCAAAACAGGGAAUAAAAGCGAUAUUGGGAACUGGAUAAACGAACACUUUUCAAAAUUGGUCAACUUUUUCAGUUUGGGAGAAGAAUUAUUCCUAGACUGUCCAAGUGCACUCGCUCCUUUACAUGUUGCCAUGUUUAGAUCAAAAUAUGCCAUCGCUUUGCAUUUGACAGAGGAAGAAAAAGCCAGAUUUGAUAUCAAACCCCAGGACGAAAGUCCAAUCAAUGACAGACUGAAAAGAAUCAGUGGAGAAUUAAUGCAAAUUAAUGAGAAUGAUUCUUUGCCUGCAAAGAAAUUAAAACUCGAUAUGAACAAGAAUAAUCCUGGAUUUGGGGGAACAGAAACGGGAAUGUUUUCAGUUGGGAAUAAGUUUGAAGCGAUUAUUUCAAGUGUCGUGCAUCCUGGUCAAUUCUAUGUUCGACCAUUUUUAGUCAUGUCAGAACCUGUUACAUUAGAGCCAACCAGUAAAUUCAAGGAUGUUAAAAAUCGAUUGAAAAAAUUACUGCCAGAUAUGCUUUGCAUUGCCAAAUGUUCAGAUUCCUCAUUUCCUGUACAUCACUGGGUUCGCGCUAUCGUUGAAGAUUGUGAUGGUGAAAACAUAUCAGUGAAAGACAUUGACACUGGUAUAAGGUUUGUCGCUUUAGCUGAAAACGUUUUUCCAAUUGGAGAGAAAGUGGAAUCAUGGCCUUCGUUCUGUAUGCAUUGCUCUCUUGCGGGAAUUCAACCCUGUAAUUCAAGCGGUGAAGGAUGGUCUGACACUGCUAUCAAGAAACUUGACAGUUUGUUGGGAAGCUUAAGCAUGUCUGAUUGCAUAGAAGUACAUAUUGUAUCGAUUGUUUUUAAUCCUGAUUUGUGCCAAGAUAUUUAUGAAGUCGAUGUAUUUUUGAAUGAAAAAUCAGUUGCUGAAACUCUCAUCACUCUUCAAGUUGCGGAAAAAAUACAUUUAAAAUUAGGAGUAGAUAAAGAAAACCAAGUUUGCAGGUUGAAAAAAUCUGAUGAUCUAGACAGAGGAGAGACCAGAAGACCAUUUACAAUCCUUAUGCCUAAGGGUAUAAAAAGGCAACCAUCUGCCAUUCUGCGAACUCCGAAUUCAUCCGACUCUGUGGGUCACUCUAUGCCAAAUUUUGAUCUUCUCGCAGUACCAUGGAGAGUUAUAAGAACGUCUAUUGAAAGGUAUUCUUCUGAGAGUCUCUCAGACAGUGUAUUUGUUUCUGAUGUAGAAGAUUCCUUUAUUGGAUCUGCAGAACAUCCACCUAUUGUUAAACAACAAACUCAUUUGACAUCUUUCAAAAUUUACUGCAGUACUAUAUCAUCUGAAAGUGCAGACGAAGGAGAGACAACUUUGGCUGCAGAUUCGAUAGAAAAUAUCUUGAUUUCCAACAUAAGAACAGAAAUAUCUGAAGCUAGUGUUUCGUCGUCACUAUUGAACCUUCUCACUCCAGCGACUGCUACAUCUUCGGAACAAAAUGAUAAUAAAAAAACAGGUCAAAAUAUUGAAUCUCAAGAUGUUUUUGAAAUGAAGUUAAAAGAGGUGGCUCGUCAAGUUGUUGAAGAAGUUUUUCAGACAAUUGAAACAGAAGAUGAUAUCGGAAAUACCUUUUCGGAAAUACCAGAUCUAGAAGAAGUUACUAAAAUGCAGAAAGAGAAUCUUCGUAACCCUAGCCCAUACCAUGUUCAAGAGCUGGCUGAAGCCAAACAAGAAGAAGAAAUCAUACAUGCAAUGGAAAGUCUUGUUCUUACUGAAAUGCCGUCACAAUCUAUAGACGUUGUAGACAGUUUUACACAUCAAGAUAAUCAACCAGAAAGCAAUUUUGAUUCAGAGACUGGUAAUAAAGAGCAGAAUGUGUCAGUUCCUUUAAAGCCUAAAAUAAAAGACCAAGAAAUUAAAGAUGAUACUGACAAUGUUAUUGGUGAUGUUGAUCUUUGUGAGAUUCCUAAUCCAAAUGAAGGCGUAGCUGAAAUGAAUUCUCAAGAACCCGGUCAACAGCUUUAUCCAGUCGAAGAGCUGGAUGCCGAUAAAAUUGAAUUGCCAAGUUCUGGUGAAAAUACAAUCAAUGAAGUUGAUGUAGUUAAUGACGAGGAUUUUGCACAUAAGAGAGAAGAAGUAGAUGACCUAUCAUGUGAGAUGCCGAACCCAGAUCAAAUUGAAUCAAAGACUCCUCAACAAGAUAUGAUGCAAAAUGCCACUGACAAAACUGGUUUCAUGCCUGAAAAUGGCUCCUAUGUUCUGUCAAUGGUAGAACAUUUUGAAAAGCAACAAGAACAAACCGCUAACCAAGAAGAAACUGGUAUAACGAAAGAAGAAUGUUAUUCCGAUUCACCAAAAUCUGAUGUGGAAGUCCCUAUCAAUCCUGAUUUUAGGUCGAAUAUAGAAGAUCAUGAUUUCUUGAAAGAGGACAUCGACAAAAAUGAGAAUUCAACAGAAGAAAAGGAUAUUUUGGAUGAGAUUAAGGAUGAAGAAGAUCUAGAAAAUGAUAUUAAAGCAUCAGUUGACCAAUGCUCGUAUCCUCAUGCAAAUCAAAGAUUUUACAUCUGUUGUUUACCUAAAAUGCAACUAGAAGUUGGUGAUCCCUAUCCAGUCACUUACUUGAGUUCUAAAAAUCCUCACAACAUACAACUCCAAUUUGAUAUGGGUACAGAUUCAGACGAAUGGAGAAGCACAUUGUGCAAAAUAAAUGAUGCUAAACAUGUGAAUGAAUUAGUUAAACUUGAUUCAUGGGAAACGGACAUGAUGUGUCUUGUACAAUGUCCUUCCGAUGGAUCGUGGGAUCGAGGUCGAAUUGUAUCAACAGAAAAUGAUGAGAAGUAUAUUGUUGAAUUGGUUGAUUAUGCCGAUGUAAUGACGGCAACAAUUGAUCAACUUCGAGAAAUACCGGAAAGUUUGUGUCUUUAUCCAAGACAAACUGUUCAAUGUAGUCUGGGAGGAAUCACUAUGAGAGAAGAAAAAUCUGAAGUUGAAUCUUGGAGUUCAGAUGUUAAUCAAUAUUUGAAUGAUCUUUUAUUUUGCAAUACUUUAAAAGCUGAGGUAUUACAAGUAAACGAAAGCACGACAGAAGAAUGUUAUACAAUUCAACUCUUUGUCUUGGAUGAUAAUAGUGUGGAAAUCGAUGUUGCUAAAGCUUUGAUCGAUGCAAACUUGGCUCAAAAGUUGCAGAAAGAUGAAGAAAAGAAAGGUGAUGAUGAAUGGUCCACGAUGACAGAUUCAGCUUGGGAAACCCUUUUGAAUCCGGAUUUCAGUAGCACUGACCAGUUACAUAGCAGUAACGUUGAUCUAUCAAGCAUGGAUGAUCCUUAUCCUGAUCAAAAUGAAGCUGGAGAUUCCUUGGAAAUUACUCCUGAAAAAACUGAAGAAGAAAAAUCUCCCACAGAUGAAGAAGUUCAUAAAGUUGCUCACGAUAUAAAAACGAAAGUUCUAGCUGGAGCUCUUAUCAUAGCUCAAAUAGAAGAUAAUAAUUCUCUUGGUGAUAAAUUUUCCGGUGGAAAGAAAAGAAGAAAAUCGAAAGAUAUUUACAUUGAUUUGGAAAAAAUUCCACAAAUUUUGGUGGAAGCAUAUGAAUCUACUGAAAUUGACUAAAAACAUUGAACUGUUUUCGUUUCAUUCACACUGUACGAUGUACAGAAACAUUGUAUAAUUUGUCCCCAUCAUGACAAUGCAACUCGAAAACCUAAAGGUAUAACUGGACACAACCUACCUCUAAAAAUUUUGCACCACUAAAUGAUGCCGUAUUCUACAAUCGUAAAAAAAAACGGUUCAAUAUUCAACACUUGUUACCUUAAGAAUCGUGCUAAAUGUGAGACUGUCUCCCAAAUAAUUGUGAUUCAUCAUGUGCCUAUUAAACUCACCAUGACAAUUGUUCCAUUGUUUGUAUAUAAAGUUUUGAGUUAUUCUUUUUCAUUGUAAACGCAUGUUCUUGCCUAUUUACUUUCCCACUGUUUCCUUGAUCAUGAGUUAUUGUAUGUGACUUGCUCAAACUUUGUUCCAAAUAUGCUAAAUCAUUGGCUCAUUCAAGCAUCCAUAGGCAAAGUGUUCUUCAAGUGCUGAACCAUGAAUUCAUUUGCAGCUUACCUGUUGCAUCGUCAAGUUACUCAUUAUAACAACCAAUGGAUUUGGCUGGAAGCCGAUUCUGAUCCAUUUCAAAAUUUUCACCCAUUUUUGUUUAAAGUACAUCACUGUUCUUCGUGGAUUGGCUUUGGAUAUUUAAUUCCUUAAUUGGACAAACUCUUGUACAUAAGAAUCCUGAAUUGUCAAUUUACUGGAUUGUUUUUCGUUUCUUUGUUAUCACCAAAUAUAAAAAUUUCUCUGCACAA